AUGUCCAAAGAGGUGAGAAAGAAAUCUAACUCAAAGCUUGCUCUUAAAAAGAAGGGAAGGGGAAAUUGUGAAGAUGCCAAGACAGUGUUAAUACAAAAUGUAGAUCUGAAUGAAACAUGUGAGUUUCAGCAACUGAGGCCUAGAAAUGCCACUGCUGUAUUUCCUCUUCCAAGUUCUAGUAUUGAAAAGAUGACACAUCAGCAGGACACUGAGGAAUGCCAAGGACGGAAAAGACAUAGAAAAGUAAAUGAUCUGCUCAAUUCUGCAAGCAAUGUCCUUUCAAAAGAAAAGAUUGAUGAUGAAGAAGAAGAAAAGGUGGAUGUAGAUGAUCUUGAUAAGAGUGAAGGUAACAAACUUGAGGACACCGGAGAAGAACUAAGUAAAGCUGACAGAGGUAGAUGUCUUGCCUGUGGCUUGUUCUUUCCACAAACAGAUUUGAAGACUCACAUACAGAAAUGCCUUCAGUCCAAGUUUAAGAGAUCCUCCAAGACAGAAAUACAGAAGGAAAGAAAUGAUGAACUAUUACAGGAAGGAAAUACUGAAGAGAGCUACUUAUGUCAGUUCUGUAGGAGGGAUUUAACUCGUCUCAACUCGAAACUCAAAACGCAGCACCUUAACAGGUGUAUGGAUCAGGAGGAGAAAAAGAAAAAAGAAGAGGAGAAAGAAUUAAGCUUGGAGAGAGAAAUGAAAUCUGUUCUUUCUUGUCCAUUGUGUGGGAAACCUUCCAAAACAGAAAAGGCAAGAAAGGUUCACCUCAAAAAGUGUGCAUCUGCUAAUGGAAUUGCAACUAACCAAAUUCUCAAGCUUGUGAAGGACCAGGAGCAGGAACACAAAUUGAAGCUGGCAGCAGGAAUUAUUCCUAAAGGAGAGGUCAAGAAUUUAAGUAGAAUGAGCACAGCCAACACAAAGAGUAAAAAAGUCAAGGAACCAAAAAAUCAGUUUGAUGAAGACACACAGCUGGCCUUGGCAAUUUCAUCCUCUCUUGAUGUCAGUGAGAAUGAAACUGAUUUGAUUGCUCAGACACUUAGUGCUGAGAGUGCAGUAGCCUGGAACAUGCAGACUAGUGUUAGUGGAAUGAAAAGAAAAAAGUGCAGAAAGAGGGAGUCAGAAGGAUUACCAUUGGUCCUGGCUUUGUCAGCAGAUGAGAAACAGAGACGAUGUGAACUAAAAGUCAGCAGUUUGUUGGUUUCUGAGACAAACUGUACUAAUGAGGAGGAAGAAGAUGAUCUCAAAUAUAUGCCAUCCAUGAUUGACAGUGAACUACAAAACUUACAGGUUACCCCAUAUCUUUGGAAUUGCUCAUGUCUUGGAAACAGAAAUUCAAAGAGAGUAGAUGAUUUCUAUGUACCUAGCCUGAUGCCUCCUAUAAAAAUGUCUAAAGCAGUUGUGGGAACAAAGAUCAGGAAUAUGUCUGAAAUUCCAGGACGGAGGAAAUCAGAGUUGCCAAGCAACCAAGAUAAGCUGGUUCAUAAUAAGGAAAUGAAUGAUGGUGCUUUUGAGAAGGAAGACUUGAUGGCAACUACUCAGACAGCUGUAGUGUUAGCUGAACUGGCAGCCAGUGGGGAAGUGAGGGAUGAAGUGUUAGACACUACUGUCCACUGCAGUGGCUUUUGUCCAGAGAGAACUAUUGAGAUUAAGAGUACUACCCAAAGUGAGGCAGCGAGAGGUCUGCAGACCACUAUGUCAGGCUUGGUGAAUAACCCAACAGGAAGUGAUGUUACCAUUAUUGUGAUGAACCAGGAGGAAAUAUGUGCCCAUAGUGUGAUUUUAUCCUGCAGAUGUCCUACUCUUCUUCAGAUGAAAAAUGAGUGCCAGAUAAGACUGGUGGAUGAGUCUGCAGAGGUGGUGUUAGUGGUACUGCAGUUUGUGUAUGCUGGCCUUGUCUCACUGUGUCACAGUAACACUCAACAAGUCUUUUCUCUGUCAAAAAGACUAAACCUCACUGAGCUGGCAGCGAUCUGUGAGGAAUAUUUACCACAGAUUCCUACUGUAUCAGACACAGCAGCUAGUAACCAGGACAGCCAGGGUGACCUUGAUAUGAUUAAUAACUGCCAAUCAAAUGUGGACAAAAUUUUAAAGGAUAUUUGGGGAGAUUCCUUUGAUGAUGAUGAUGAUGAUGAUGAUGAUGAUGAUGAUGAUGAUGAUGAUGAUGAUGAUGAUGAUGAUGAUGAUGAUGAUGACGCUGAUGAUGAUGGUGAUGAAAAAAUUGGUGAUGAAGUAUUACUGGUGACAAGUUCUUCUGUACUUCAUGAUAUAAAGCCACAUUCAAAUAAAACAGUAGAAUCUAUAUCAGAUGUAAAAAUAUCUGAACAAAUUCAGUCCAGUAAGACACAAAGUCCUCUUAUAAAUGAGUUUGAAGACAAGGGAGAUAAUUUAGAUAAGGAAGACGACACAAUGCAGCAGGAAAUCAACAGCUUUUUCGAGGAUAAAAGUUUUGACAUGACCGGUGAUGUGCAAAAUAAAGAGAGUGAAGAAUAUGGAACUGGAACUCCCAAGAAUAGAAGUCUUAUCUUUGAGGACAAUGAUGUGGAAAUAUUUAGUGCUAGUGAUAGCUCUUCAAAUAAUAGUUUCGGGGACCAUCAAGCUCCAUCCCCAGAUGAACUUUAUAUCUCGGGGAGGACAGGGAAAGAUGACAAUUGUAUCCAACAAACCGAAGAAACAAUACAAGAAGGAAAGACAGAUGAGGCAGCUAUCAUCAUCUGCAGUGAUGAAAGUGACUAUGAAAGUCUUAUAGUUGAAUCUGAUGGAAAAGGUGAAAGUAAACAGUUCUCACCGCAGUUAGUGCAGAGUAACUCUAGGCUUCAUUCUUUGAGUAAAACAAAAAAUGACAUGUAUGUGUUUGACGAUAUGGAUAUUUCACAGAAGGAAAAAUUGAUGAAGUUUAAAUCUUCUCCAUCAAAAUCAUUUCAGCUACCUGAAGACAGUUCUCCUGGCAGAUUCAGUCCAGAUUCGGUUGAGGAAGAAACAGCAGGAUGUAGAUAUUUAUCCUUGUCCUCCUCCCCAUCUAGGAAACGAAAGAGAUCCACAGAUCAUAAAGUCAAAUCACCAGUGGCUGUGUUUGUACCUUCAGAAACAAGGAAACUGUCCAAUAUGUCCUCUCCUAACACUUCUGGACUAGAUUUGUUUGGGAGCCCAUCACCUUUUACCAAGCAAAAAAGACCAGAUUCUGCCCAAAAGGCAGAAGUUGAUGGAUACUAUAUAGAAGACAUGAUGACUUUUUCCAAGAUUCCAAAAUCUCGCCUUCACUCCACAAAUUCAGUUUCUUCCAGAAAGUCUGUGUUGAAUGAGGUAGAAAUCAAUUCACCAACGUUUUCUCUCACAAAGAAGUACAGCCCAAGGAAACUGUGUGAACAACUACCGGACGGGCCCUGUAAGUCGUCAAUGGACACAAACAUAUUAAAAAAGGACAAAAUAUCCGGUAGUCAAGUGAACAACAUUCUGCCCAGUGACUGUGACGUUGAAUGUACUGGAGAUAAUUUUCAGGAAAUGUCACAGGGCUCGCCCAUAUUCAUAGCAAAGGCAAAAAGGAAAUGGAAGUUUACAAAAACAAAUAAUCCCAGUACACAACCUUUGACCUGUUCCAAUGAGCGGGAUAUGGAGAUUGAGAUGUCACCUGUCAAAACUGAAAAUAACCCAGCAAUACCAAACACUGACCAUGAUAUGUCAAUCCCUCAGGAUGUUUGGGAUGACUUUGAUGACAGUGGAGCUGGGUUUAGGGGUGUGUGCGACAUCUCCCCUGUGACACCAAAGGGACACCACUCUGAUAAAGGUCAAGGCGACACUAAGCGUUUUAAGACACCGACUGUGUCCAGUCAUCAAAAGUCUUCUUCAGCCUGGGUACCACCAUCUCCCUUCACUCCGAUGCCUCAGUAUGAUGACAUGAACACACCACAACUCAAGAGAGAGGUACUGAAGAUUGGUGUACGCCCCGUUGGUAAAAAGAGGAUGGUAAACCUGUUGAAGGAUGUCUACACUAAAACUCACCAAUAUGAAACAGAUAGUAACUACGAGGAUGAUGAGGAGGAAGAGAACAAAGAGGGAUCCUCUUCUAGCAAGGAACAAACCAAGGAAUCUGAUGAGUUAAACUCCAGUCAGGAAUCAAUCCAGAGUGACAUGAUGGAAGAAAGUUAUAUGCAAGGAACCACAGAAGACCUUGAGCUGAGUCAGGUGUCACGAAAAGAUGACUCAAUGAUUUCAGAAAAGUUAGAAAAGUUUGUGAAAUCUCGCACUGAUAUUUAUGUGAAAAUCCUCAUGUAUGAGCCAUUGGAAGUGGAUUGGCUGAAAAAGGAGAUCACAGAAGCUGGCAUCAAAUGCUCCAUGCAGAAAUUAUUGGGUUUUCUUGAUGAAAAGUGUAUCACAUUCACAAUGAAGAAAAUACGUCAAGAAAGAAAGGCAAACAGAGGAAAAGGACGAAAAUUGAAAUCGUCACCACAGAAAGGAACAGAUUUGUCACCAGCAAAAAAAAGUCCACAGAGAAAGAAACCAGUUUCAUCACAAAAACAAGGGCCACAGCUAAAGUAACCAGCUACAACAAAACAAAGAAAAGGCUCUCCACACAGAUGUAACUUGAUGUGAGGAAUCGGUAAUAAUUACAAUAUCUUGUUGAUAGGACAACAGAAGAGGAUGUAUGGAGUUAAGACAGAAGUGUGAUAAAGAGAUGACUAGAAAAACAUUUAUUGCACCUCACCAGGUGAACAUAGAGUGACGUCAGAUUGAUACAUGCAUUUUAUUUCACUGCAAUGAAAAUAACUCUGUUUAUUGUCAUUUCCUGCCACUGAAAUAAACAUUUUGAAAAAUUCAACCUAUGACAGCAGAGAACAUAUUUCAUUUUGUAAAACUGAUUGAUCAAACCCUUAUAUAACAUUACAAAAAACUAAAAUAUAAUAAACAGAAUAUCUUCAGUAAAAACAAACAUAUUUCAGUUAGCUUGUAAUUUGGUACC